AUGCGCUCAUUCAGCAACAACAACAACAGCGACUCCGAAAGCGUCAGCCCGCUCGUCUCGCCGGAGACAACGCCCACCAAGAAACCUCUGCCUGCGCCGGCUCGAAUGCGGGGUCAUAUGAAUGUGAAUGUGAAUGUGAAUGUUAAGCCUACGGUGCAGAUGAGGGGGGCAAGGGAUACGGAACCAUCGAGGGAUGGUGCUACCGCUACCGCUACUGCUACCACUAGGAGUACUCGGGUUCCACGCGCGGAAGCGGAAGCGGACAGCGGAACGGGAACGGGAAGGGGAAGGACACCAGCGACAACGGCCGAAUUAUCGGAUACGGGGUUCUAUCGGCAGCGAGCGGAGUUGCCUGCGAGGAUGGAGCGGGAGUUGAUUAAUGUUCCGUGGAGCAGGAGGCGAUGGGAGGAGGAGGGGGGGGAGGAGCGGGGAGAAGAUCUUGGUCAUGCAGGUGGGGAUAGCGCGAGGGCGAGGGAGAGGAAGAUUGUGACGGCGGAUGGGGCGGUGAUGGUUGCGAGUAUUCAGACGGUGGGUGGGGAUGAGGUUUUUGAUUGA